GUUAGACGGCGGCGCAGGCGUAGACGGGCCAGGACCGCGGGCCAAGGCGGACUGGGCGGUGGGUGUGGCUUUUCGGUGGUCGGUACGGGGGCCGGCGGCGCCGAGCGCUUGAGGUCCUCGUUCAGGGACCGAGCCCCGAGACUGAGGGACGCGGACCCUGGCGGAGGCGAGAAGGAGGCCUCAAACCUUGACCCGUUCGGAGCGGACCCGAACACUGACUGUUGCCCAUGGCGGCCCUAGGCCCCAGCAGCCAGAAUGUCACUGAGUAUGUUGUCCGAGUUCCCAAAAACACAACGAAGAGAUACAACAUCAUGGCCUUCAACGCAGCCGAUAAAGUCAGCUUCGCUACUUGGACUCAGGCGCGGCUGGAGCGGGACCUGAGUAACAAGAAGAUUUACCAGGACGAGGAGCUGCCCGAGUCGGGCGCGGGCAGCGAGUUCAACCGCAGGCUCCGGGAGGAGGCGCGCAGGAAGAAGUACGGCAUCGUCCUCAAGGAGUUCCGCCCAGAGGACCAGCCCUGGCUGCUCCGCGUCAACGGCAAGGCGGGCCGGAAGUUCAAGGGCGUGAAGAAGGGGGGCGUGACGGAGAACGCGUCCUACUACAUCUUCACCCAGUGCCCCGACGGCGCCUUCGAGGCCUUCCCGGUGCACAACUGGUACAACUUCACGCCGCUGGCCCGGCACCGCACACUCACGGCCGAGGAGGCCGAGGAGGAGUGGGAGAGGAGGAACAAGGUCCUGAACCACUUCAGCAUCAUGCAGCAGCGGCGGCUCAAGGACCAGGACCAGGACGACGAGGAGGAGGAGAAGGAGAAGCGUGGCCGCAAGAAGGCCAGCGAGCUGCGCAUCCACGACCUGGAGGACGACCUGGAGAUGUCGUCGGACGACAGCGAGGCCAGCGGCGAGGAGGGCGGCAGAGCCCCCAAGGCCAAGAACAAGGCGCCGGCGGGCAAGGCGGGCAGGAGGAAGAAGAAGAAGGGCCCGGACGAUGAGGCCUUGGAGGACAGUGACGACGGGGACUUCGAGGGCCAGGAGGUGGACUACAUGUCCGACGGCUCCAGCAGCUCCCAGGACGAGAUGGAGAGCAAGCCCACAGUGACCAAGCAGGAGGAGGGGCCCAAGGGUGUGGACGAGCAGAGCGAGAGCAGCGAGGAGAGUGAGGAGGAGAAGCCGCCCGAGGAGGACAAGGAGGAGGAGGAGGAGAAGGCGGCUCCGACCCCCCAGGAGAAGACCCUGCGGGCGGCCGCCAGCAAGCUGGAGCAGGGCAAGCGGACGAGCGACAUGCCCACAGCCAAGCGGCUCCGGAUGGAUGCCGGGCCCCAGGGCCUGUCCGGGAAGUCCACCCCCCAGCCCCAGUCCGGGAAGUCGACGCCCAGCAGCGGCGACGUGCAGGUGACCGAGGACGCCGUGCGCCGCUACCUGACGCGCAAACCCAUGACCACCAAGGACCUGCUGAAGAAGUUCCAGACCAAGAAGACGGGGCUGAGCAGCGAGCAGACGGUGAACGUGCUGGCGCAGAUCCUCAAGCGCCUCAACCCCGAGCGCAAGAUGAUCAACGACAAGAUGCACUUCUCCCUCAAGGAGUGAGGGCCCGCCGCCCAGCGACAGGCUCCGUUCUCCGGAGCUGCUGGGGCCCGCCGGUGCGCUCGCGGCCGCCUGUCUGCUGCCGACGUGUCGGCUUGCUCCCUGAAUCCAGGGAUUCCCGCUUCAUCAGUGCUGGAUCGAUAUAAGCAGUCUUUGCCUCAUUUUCCUUCUCUCUCUUUCUCUGGCACCUUUUUUAAAAAAAUAAAAAGAAACAGUUGCCGUUGAUUCUGGUUCAUGGCAGCCGUGUGUGUCCCAGUAGAACUGUGCUCCACCGGAUUUUCAGUGACCGAUUUUUCAGCCCGUUCUUCUGAGGCACCUCUGGGUGAACGUGAGCCGCUAACCUUGUGGUGAGCAGCUGGCUGUUAGCUGCACCACCCAGGGUCUCCUGGAAUCUUUAAAUGCCUGUUGGUGGUGGGUGCUGUCGAGUCGAUUCUGACUCCACGUAGUGACCCCAUGUGUCAGAGUCGAAGGAUUUCCUAGGAGCCCUGG